AUGAUGCAGAAAAAGAUAGCUAGCAAAGACAACCAAACCAGGGUUACAGAAUUCAUUCUAAUUGGGUUUUCAAAUUACCCUGACUUUCAGGUACCCCUCUUCAUCAUUUUCCUUUUUAUGUACACAAUAACUCUGUUGGGAGAUGUCUUCAUCAUAAUUGUUACAACAAUGGACCCCAUACUUCACAGUCCCAUGUAUUUUUUUCUCCGAAACCUUUCCAUCUUAGAGAUCUGUUUCAAUUUGGUCAUCAUCCCAAAGAUGCUAGUCAAUUUCUUGGUUGAGAACAAGACUAUUUCCUAUGCCGGUUGUGCUACCCAAAUGUACUUUUUCUUCUUUUUUGAUGCAGCUGAAUGUUGUCUCCUUGCUGCAAUGGCAUAUGACCGGUAUGUAGCCAUCUGUAACCCUUUACAUUAUCCAUACAUAAUGAACAGAACUGCUUGUUUCCAACUGGCUGCUUCCUCAUGGUUCUCAGGUUUUUCUGUCUCUAUUGUGCAGACAACGUGGAUAUUCAGUUUACCAUUCUGUGGGCCAAACGUAAUCAACCACUUUUUUUGUGACAGCCCUCCAGUGCUAGAGUUAGCUUGUGCUGAUACUGAUAUGUUUGAAAUUGAAGCUCUUACAGCCACUGUGCUCUUCAUUGUGUUCCCUUUCUUCUUAAUUCUGCUCACUUAUGUGCACAUCAUAGCAACCCUCUUGAGAAUGCCCUCAAUGGAGGGACGGCAUAAAGCCUUCUCUACAUGUUCAUCUCAUCUUGUGGUGGUUACUUUGUUUUAUACAACAGCCACAUCUACCUACUUUAGACCUAAAUCAGGCUACUCUCCAGAUGUAAAGAAGAUCCUCUCACUUUCCUACACAGUAAUCACACCCAUGUUAAACCCCAUCAUGGUACCGAGACAGCCUUGCUAUAGCCUAAGAAAUAAAGAAGUUAAAGGUGCAUUGAAGAGAAAAUUAACGGAAAAAUUUGUUUCUAAAAUCGAU